UUUAAUCAACAAGCUACUUCCAAACUUUCUUUCCUUAUGGAGCUUCAAUGGCCUUUCUUCCAAGUCCUGUUUACCUUUCUUCUCGUUGUGAUCACAGUACUGAAAAUAGCGAAGAGAAGCAAAACCAAAGAGUCGGCUGUGAAUCUACCUCCAGGGCCAUGGAAGCUUCCCUUUAUAGGAAACAUUCACCAGCUUGUUGGGUCUCAGCCUCAUCAUGGGCUACGAAACUUAGCCAAGAAAUAUGGGCCCAUUAUGCAUCUACAACUUGGAGAAGUUUCCACCGUUGUUGUUUCUUCGGCAGAGUAUGCCAAAGAGGUGAUGAAAACCCAUGACGUUGUGUUUUCAUCAAGGCCCUAUCUCCUUGCUUCAAGGAUCAUGUCUUAUGAAGCCACAAACAUUGCCUUUGCACCAUGUGGUGAUUACUGGAGACAACUACGAAAAAUUUGCACGUUAGAGCUUUUAAGCACUAAACGUGUGCAAGGCUUCAGGUCUCUUAGGGAAGAAGAGGUGGGGAAUCUCAUUACAUGGAUUGGUUCAAACGCAGGAUUACUGAUCAACCUCACUGAGAAAAUUUACUCAUCUACGUAUACCUUCACGUCGCGAGCAGCCUUUGGCAAAAAAUGCGAAGAUCACGAAAAGUUCAUAGAUGCUGUGAAGGAGUCUAUAACGGUGGCAGCAGGCUUUGAUCUUGCAGAUGUUUUUCCUUCUGCCAAGCUGCUUAAUCUGAUGGGUGGAAUUAGGCCUACACUCGAGCGGCUGAAAAAAGUGACUGACAGAAUAAUGGAAAAUAUCAUCAACGAACAUAAAAAGAAAAGGUCAACAACAAAAAGUGGAGAAGGUGAAGCAGGGGAAGACCUGGUCGACGUUCUCUUAAAAUUUCACGAGCAUGGAAAUGGCCUUGAGUUUUCCUUAACUACUGACAACAUCAAAGCAGUAAUAUUGGACAUCUUCGCAGCUGGGAGUGAGACAUCAGCUACAACCGUAGAUUGGGCCAUGUCAGAAAUGAUAAAAAAUCCUAGAAUAUUGAAAAUGACACAGGAUGAGGUGAGAGAAGUGUAUAACAGAAAUGGGAAGGUAGACGAAACAGGCAUUAGAGAGAUGAAAUAUUUAAGCUUUGUGAUCAAAGAGACACUCAGGCUACACCCUCCUGCUCCCCUCUUGCUUCCAAGAGAAUCUAGUGAGAGUUGUAAGAUUAAUGGAUAUGAUAUACCUGUCAAAACCAAGGUGAUUGUGAAUGGAUGGGCAAUUGGAAGAGAUCCGAAUUACUGGACUGAACCAGAGAGCUUCUAUCCAGAGAGGUUCCUUGAUAGCUCCAUUGACUACAAGGGAACAAACUUUGAGUAUAUCCCAUUUGGUGCUGGAAGGAGGAUAUGCCCAGGAAUUUCAUAUGGUCUGGCCAACGUUGAGCUCCCACUUGCCCUUUUUUUGUACCAUUUUGAUUGGGAACUCCCUGAUGGGAAGUCGCAUGAAGAGCUGGACAUGACUGAGCUUUUCGGUGUUACAGUUCGAAGAAAAGAAGAUCUGCGCUUGAUCCCCAUUCCUUAUCAUCCUCCAUCUAGUAAGAACUGCCAGUAG